GAGAAAGUAAGAGAAAUAUUGAUUGUUUGCCUCCCUGCCUGGGAAUCGAACCUGCCAACUUUUGGUGCACAGGACAAUGCUCCAACCAGCUGAGCCACCAGCAAAGCAACACAAAGCCUGGCUUGUCUGUCCUAACACCGCUCACCUCUGACCUGUGUCCCAGUGCUGUCUGUCGGUCUGUCUGCCCUGUCGUCACCUACAGCCUUCUGGGAGCUCCUCAGACCUCUGGGCCUGAACUGAGAUGGAUGUCAGGGAACCGGUCCUGUGAGAGGAGGUGGGAGGAAGCACGCCCAGCAGGAAGGACUGACGGCGGCCUGGCUGUCCUGGGAAGCCCUGGGGCAAGUACUGCACGCUGAUGUCCGGAGUCUUGCUCGGUCGCUGAGCAGACUUCUCCAGGCAUGGUGGCCCUGCGCAGGUGACUCAGACUCUGCUCGCACUGACAGGCGGAGACCGCCUACCGACUGCACUACGGUUGAAGGCAAGUCCUCCCUUGACAGGGUAUCAAGAAACCGUUCACUGAGGUCAUCCGUGCCAACAUCGGAGAUGCCCAGGCCAUGGGCCAACAGCCAAUCACCUUCCUCCGCCAGGUGAUGGCACUCUGCACGUACCCUAAUCUGCUGGACAGCCCCAGCUUCCCAGAAGAUGCUAAGAAGCGAGCCCGGCGGAUCCUACAGGCCUGUGGUGGGAACAGCCUGGGGUCUUACAGUGCCAGCCAGGGCGUUAACUGCAUCCGUGAGGACGUUGCUGCCUACAUCACCCAGAGGGAUGGCGGCGUGCCUGCGGACCCGGACAACGUAUACCUGACUACUGGGGCGAGCGACGGCAUCUCUACCAUCCUGAAGAUCCUGGUGUCCGGAGGCGGCAAGUCGAGGACGGGGGUGAUGAUCCCCAUCCCGCAGUACCCCCUCUACUCGGCGGUCAUCUCCGAGCUCGAUGCCGUCCAGGUGAACUAUUACCUGGACGAGGAAAACUGCUGGGCCCUGAACGUGAACGAGCUCCGGCGGGCCGUGCGGGAGGCCAAAGAGCACUGUGACCCCAAGGUGCUGUGCAUCAUCAAUCCCGGGAACCCCACAGGGCAGGUGCAGAGCAGAAAGUGCAUAGAAGACGUGAUCCACUUCGCGUGGGAAGAACAGCUCUUCCUCCUGGCUGACGAGGUGUACCAGGACAACGUGUACUCCCCGGACUGCAGGUUCCACUCCUUCAAGAAGGUGCUCUCCGAGAUGGGGCCCGAGUACUCCAGCAACGUGGAGCUCGCCUCCUUCCACUCCACCUCCAAGGGCUACAUGGGCGAGUGUGGCUACAGGGGAGGCUACAUGGAGGUGGUCAACCUGCACCCUGAGAUCAAAGGCCAGCUGGUGAAGCUGCUCUCGGUCCGCCUGUGCCCACCCGUGUCUGGGCAGGCCGCCAUGGACGUUGUCGUGAACCCCCCGGUGCCAGGAGAGGAGUCCUUCGAGCAGUUCAUCAGGGAGAAGGAGUCUGUCCUGAGUAAUCUGGCCAAAAAAGCUAAGCUGACGGAAGACCUGUUUAACCAAGUCCCGGGAAUUCACUGCAACCCCUUGCAGGGGGCCAUGUACGCCUUCCCUCGCAUCUUCAUCCCGCCCAAAGCCGUGGCUGCCGCUCAGGCCCAUAACAUGGCCCCCGACAUGUUCUACUGCAUGAAGCUCCUGGAGGAGACUGGCAUCUGCGUCGUGCCCGGCAGUGGCUUUGGGCAGAGGGAAGGCACCUACCACUUCAGAGCCAAGCCGAGACCCUGUGUAGGGUCGUUUCCUCGGCCACUGGGUCCCCUCCGCUGCCUCCAUCCCUCACGUACCAUCUGGAAUGUGGCCGGUGGUGCGCUUCCUUCAUCUCCGUUCCUCCUCCAGCCUCCGCGGGCUCAGCUUGUCCACUGCCCCACAAGCCUGCUGAGGUCCUGCAUCCAAACUCUGAAGGAACCAGCUGUCCCUUAUGACGGGAACUCGGGGGACGAGCGAGCUUGAGGCCAGAGCUGUUCAGCACAGCACCUUCUCCACGCAGGGCCUUCUCAGCUGUCCCCUGCGCAGACACUAAAUAAAGAAACGUCAUGAGUUUAGUCAGCACUGGGAGCCAAGUGUUGACUCGGUCAAGGUCGCGGGCAGCGUGCCCCAGUGGACAACAUGGACGGCUGGCCACUCCGCCCUCCGGGGCUCACCUCGCCGUUCGGGGGUUCCUUCAGGCCUGGGAAUCAUGCUGAGUGUUGGGGAGGACUUGGGGAUUCCGCAGAGGGACAGCUGUGACCGGAGGCGCUCACUGUACGGGCCCCCCGGGCGGGGUCGGAAAGGCCUGUCCAGGCAGAGUGCAGUCUUCGUGUCUGGGAAACACGGACAGCGCGCCCCGCCAGGCGGGCCGUCUGCCAUGACGGCCGAGGGUGCUUGGCCUGAUCGCUGCCACCGGCUCGUUGCUUUUGCUCACGUGUCACGUGGGUGAACAAUUAUGUGUGGAGGACAGAACAG